CAUACGUAUAUACUCUCGUGCGGUCCCAUCUGGAUCGGACCCGAGGAAGACAUGCUUCCCUUAAAUGGAUGCGAGCUAACAGCACCGUCAAGACAGUGGAUUACGGCGUUGUUGGUGGCGACAGCCUGUUGCUUGUCGCAUAAAGUGGUGCGCGCCGCCGAGCGUCAGUUUACGGAUCCUGGUUUUAUGGGCGAUCGCACUACAAUAGUGGAGCUCUUCGAAUGGGCCUGGCCCGACGUUGCCCAGGAGUGCGAAGACUUUCUCGGACCGUUCGGUUACGGUGCUGUGCAGGUGUCCCCACCAAGCGAGAACGCCUUUCUGCUCUACACGACCCCUGGCGGCGUGAGCGUGAGGUCAUGGUACGAACGCUACGAGCCUGUCAGCUACCGCAUCGCGUCGCCCAGUGGUGACCUGCAGGAAUUCGCCGACAUGGUGCGCAGGUGCAACGAGAGCCACGUGAGGGUCUUCGUGGACGUGGUGCUGAACCACAUGACCUCGAACAUCGGCAGUGGCUACGGCUACGACGGAACUGAGUUCAACUCGGAAGCCUUCGCCUACACAGGUGUUUACAGCGCCAGAGACUUCCACUCGCGUGCUGACUGCGGCACAGCCAGUGGUUUGGUUGAGGACUACUCCAACGUCGUACAGGUACGGAACUGUAAGUUUCGUGGUCGUGCAGACCUCAACCACAUGCUCGAGACCGUCCGCUCCAGCAUCACUAACUACCUUAAGCAGCUGCUGUCGCUCGGUGUGAGCGGCUUCAGGAUCGACGGUGCCGACUACAUAUGGCCAUCAGACCUGAACGUUAUAUACAAGCGAUUGAAGGAACCGGACGAGGCAAAGUUGGAGAUCUAUGAGAGCGAACCUGCUCCAUAUAGAAUGGCGGAGACUCAAUUAGACAGUGAGUCGGAAACACUUUCGGAGACUCCCUCGGACACUCCAUCUGAAGAACCCUCGGAUACACCCUCGGAGACACCUUCACAGACUCUCUCAGAGACUCCUUCAGACACUCCCUCGGACGCUCCCUCGGACGCUCCCUCGGAUACUCCUUCGGACACUCCCCCGGAUGCUCCCUCGGAUACUCCCUCAGAUAUUCCCUCAGAUACUCCCUCGGACACUCCCUCAAAUACUCCGUCGGAGGCUCCUUCAGACACCCAGCCAGACAGUCCAUCGGAUACCCCCUCCGAUGCACCCUCUGAUGCACCCUCGGAUACUCCUGCCGUGACUGCGGAAAGGACUACAGCGGACACCGAAACUGCUACGAACGUGAGAAAGCGAGAUACGACCGUUGAACAAGGUGGCGAAACAGUUACACCUCCGCGCUUGGCUUCGCAUUUCGAUGGCCCGUUCAUUUACCACGAGAUGUCGACGCUCAAUUUGAGCUGGACUGAAGAGUACGAAUAUAUAGGAGCAGUCACAAACGCUACUUUCUUUAAGACGUACGCCAACGCGCUGAACAGGGUGCGAGAGCGCCCACUGAAAUCUCUGCGGCCGUUCAUCAUGGAAGCGAAAGGUGCCGGUGAGGCUGCUCAGGUGGUCUACGUGGACAGUCACGAAACUCAGCGCGGCAUUGAUGUGACCGACACCGUGGGCGACGUCGUCACGUACCGGGAUCGCAAGCGACACGUGUUGGCCACCGUGCUAAUGUUGGCACAGCCGCACGGCGUGCCGCGAGUAAUGAGCAGCUACGCUCUCGACGGGAAGUUCGAGACGUACGUGCCUCCCAAGAUGCUGGGACCCCCGUUCGACCACAUGUUCAACACCCAGCCGGUGCUCAUGAGGGAGAACUUCGAGUGCUACAAUGGUUGGAUAUGCGAACACAGGUGGCUGCCCAUCCGUAACAUGGUGCACUUCCGCAACUGGGUGGGUGCUGCGGCCGCCGUCAACUGGUGGGACGACGAUGCGGACGCCGUGGCAUUCGCGCGCCUCCAGCGCGGCUUCGUGCUCGUCAACAACGGGCUCUCGGUGGUGCGCGGCUUGUUCAACACCACGCUGCCGGCCGGCUACUACUGCGACGUGCUGAGCGGCUCCCGCCGCGACACGCGCACUUGCUCGGGUCACGUAGUGCGCGUGCGCCCAGACGGGUUCGCCGAGCUGAGCGUCGACCCGGCGGCCGAGGUGCCCGCCGUCGCCUUACAUACACAGGAGAGAGUCUUCCCAGAUUACGUCUAAAGGAGCCCGGCACCACGAAAAAGUCUCUGCGACGGACACUCCGGGAAUGAGAAGAACGGGCUUUGAUCGGCGACCUUGUACUUGGCCUUCUCGGUUUGGAGUCGAGGAGGAAGAAGAAGACGAAAGAAGCGCAACGCUGUUCAGUUUGCUCUGUCCACAUCUCGAGGUCUUCCGACCCCAAAAUAAACGUACCGCUUGCCG